UGUUCGAGGAGGCAGAUUUUGGCAGGGGCCACAGGAAGUCCAGGUCCUAUAAGAGAAGGAGGCCAGGGCAUCAGCCAUUAACACACUCAGGAGGACCUACCUACCUACCUACCUACUGCCACCAGUCACAGUUCAGGAGGCUAGCCGAGCAGCACUGAACCAUGGGAAAACAGAAGACAUGGUUGAAAAAGCUGGCACAGAACUUCCAGAUCCGUAACCUGCUGCUGCGCCAGGCUCUGGCAGAGUGUCUGGGUACCCUCAUCCUGGUGAUGUUUGGUUGUGGUGCGGUGGCUCAGCUGGUGCUUAGUGGAGGAUCUCAUGGAAUGUUCCUCACCGUCAACUUUGCUUUUGGCUUCGCUGCCACCCUAGGGAUCCUGGUCUGUGGCCAGGUAUCAGGAGGCCAUCUCAACCCGGCAGUGACCUACGCCCUCUGCCUGCUUGGGAGAGAACGCUGGAGAAAGUUCCCAGUGUACUUUGCCUUCCAGACACUGGGCGCUUUCCUGGGCUCCGGGGUCAUCUUUGGUCUGUACUAUGAUGCUCUGUGGGGCUUUGCUGGAAAGCUCAUUGUUACUGGGCCCAACGGCACCGCUGGCAUCUUCGCCACCUACCCUGGCGAUCAUCUCACCCUAAUCAACGGCUUCUUCGACCAGAUGAUUGGCACGGCAGCGUUGGUCGUGUGUGUCCUGGCCAUUGUGGACCCCUACAACAACCCCAUCCCCCAGGGCCUGGAGGCCUUCACAGUGGGCUUCGUGGUGCUGGUCAUUGGCCUGUCCAUGGGCUUCAACUCCGGCUACGCCGUCAACCCUGCCAGGGACCUGGGGCCCCGUCUCUUCACUUCCCUGGCAGGCUGGGGCUCCGAGGUCUUCACUGCCGGUCAGUGCUGGUUCCUGGUGCCCAUCUUUGCCCCGUUUCUAGGUGCCACCUUCGGGACGAUAGUCUACCAGCUGAUGGUGGGCUUCCAUCAAGAGGGAGAGGCUUACGACAGGAAGAAGAGGGAGCAGGAGGAGAAAGAGGAGGACAGAGUCAGACUCACUAAUGUCACCACAAAGGACGCCCUAAAGGAUGAGAUGCCUCCUCUGAUGUGCCCUGACCAGAGGAAAUAUGUUUAGUGUGUACUGGAAUUUCUAAAAUGUCAAUGUCAACAUUCCUCACACAAGAAAAUGCCUGCUUUUUCUUGUUACGGAAAUUGAACGAAUACCUUCAAACAGUGAACGUAGGUUGAAUUUAACCAGAUGUUAUCCUGGUCAGACGGAAGAGAACACCUCUCUAUAAGUAGUUUGAUUAAUGCUUGUUAUAUCAUUGUGCCUGCCUUACGUGCAAUACAGGCUGCAUCAUUUACAUUUACGUCAUUUAGCAGACGCUCUUAUCCAAAGCGACUUACAGUUAGUGCAUACAUUAUUCUU